UUUGUGGAUUAUGGUGUGGGUGAUUGGUUGGCACAGGUUGGCAGUUGGCAGUAGAAAUUUUAGUUUUUUUUUGUAUUUCAUUACGAUUAUUAGGAUAAACGAUAAAACGACAUGACAUUUCUAUUUAUGUAGGUGGAGAUAAAUUUAGAUUGGUGUUAAUUUAUGUUCGUAAAAAACACCGUAUAGAACAAAAUCAGAAAAAUUAAAACAAUAAAUAAUGUCUCAUCAAACUGGCAUUAAAGCGAAUAAUGAACUAAAAAAGUUUUUUGCGAAGUGCAAGGAUGACAAAACUAGGUUUAUUAAAAUUUCCAUUGCAGAAGAGCAAUUAAUUCUUGCUGAUCACAAAGAUGUAAAACAUAAUUGGGAAAAAGACUUUGAUAAAUACAUAACACCUACAAUUCAGGAAAAUCAACCCUGCUACAUAUUAUAUAGGUUAGAUAGUAAAAAUUCUUCAGGACAUGAAUGGUUACUUAUUAGUUGGUCUCCAGACUCCUCCCCUAUACGUCAGAAAAUGUUGUACGCAUCAACAAAAGCUACUUUAAAACAGGAAUUUGGUUCAUCUCAAAUAAAAGAAGAACUACAUGGAACCGUUGCUAGUGAGGUAACUCUAAGUGGAUAUUUGAAACAUAAAAAAUCUGCCGCUGCACCUGCCCCACUUUCUAUGAGAGAAGAAGAAAUGCAAGAAAUAAGGCGGACUGAAGUCGAUGCAAAUAUAAGUGUAGAUACAAAACAGCAAACAUUAAGUGGAGUUGCUUUCCCCGUAACGGAGGCUGCCAAACAAGCAAUAAUAGACAUGGCACGGGGAACUUAUGAUUAUUUACAAUUUAGAAUAGAUAUCGAACAAGAAACAAUACAUUUAGUUUGUGCCGAGAAUAUACCGUUAGAAAAACUUCCUUCUAAAGUUCCUACUGAUACUGGCAGAUAUCACUUGUACAGAUUUAAACACACCCAUGAAGGUGACUAUAUGGAAAAUAUAGUUUUUAUAUAUUCAAUGCCUGGUUAUAGUUGCCCGAUAAAAGAGAGGAUGUUAUAUUCGAGCUGUAAAAAUCCUUUGACUGAUACUAUAACAAAUUUAGGGAUAGACAUUAUUAAAAAACUUGAAAUUGAUUCUGGAGAUGAACUGCAGGAAAAGAAUUUAUAUGAAGAACUUCAUCCAACGCUUAGCUUACAUCGUCCAAAAUUUGCCAAACCAAAAGGACCUCCAAAUAGAGGUCCAAAACGUAUGACUAAACAUCAGUGAAAUAUGGUGCUACAAGUAUUAAAAUAAUUAUGGAUUGGGGAUAGCUAGCUUUUUUUUAUGCCACUAAAGAUAGAGAAAUACAAAUUUUACAAUUAUGCUCAAAUUUGAAGAUAUGCGGGAAUAAUAUUAAAAAAAUAUAUUCAUUCUGAAAGAAAUUGUUUAAAUAUAUCUGUGGUUUUAAAUACGUACUUAACUCAUAACAUUACAUUUCUUUGCCUGAACGCAUUUUGUUCACCAAAAAAAUCACAAACUGCCAAUUAAGUAUUUUCAUUAUUUAAUUUGUCCAUUAAAAGAUUAACGGAUAGAAAAUAAUUGAGUAAUAAUAUUUUUAUAGCAUCAGCAUUGAAUUGCAUUAUUCUGUCAUGAAUUUUACCUCUUAAAUUAUUUUAUUUUGCUUACAAAAGAUAGAAAAGUACAUUAUAAUGGCUG